AUGAGCUCAAUCUUUAUUUCUUUUGUUAUAUAUCUAAUUGGAUUUUCAAAAACCAGUAGUGUUAGUACAUUGCAAAGACAUUUAGAUAAACACUCAAUCAUUGCACCUAAAAAACAAAAAACUUUACAUGAAUAUCAUAACGAUCCCCACACACAAACUGAUCAAAAAAAUCGCGAUGAGGCUGUGAUUAAGUGGAUAAUUUGUGAUUUACAAUCAAUAAAUGUGGUAGAGAAUGAAGAGUGGCGUACUAUGAUUUCUACUUUUGAUUCAAGAUAUAGAUUUCAUAACGGACAAACAAUUCAUGAUACUAUAAUUUCAAGAUAUGAGGAACAAAAAAAUAAAGUAAAAAUUUCAAUUCAACAAAUUAUUGGUAAAGUUUCUUUAACUUCUGACAUGUGGACUGCAAGUAACAAUAAAGCUUUUCUUAGUCUUACAAUUCAUUAUGUUGAUGACAAUUGGAAAUUAAAUAGUUUUUUACUUGAUAUAAUUCCAAUGUUAGAAC